AAAACGUUUCCCCAGCACCCAAACCCGGUCUGUGUUUUUCGUUGUCAUGGACUAUCUGAGAGGGAGCAGAACACUGAGGUUCGGGCUGCCGAUGCUGUUACUUAUUGUUGGAGGAUCCUUCGGUCUCCGUGAGUUUACCCAAGUUCGGUAUGAUGUCCAAAAGGUGAAAAGAAAGUUGGAUCCUGCACUUGAAGCACAGUUAAAGAAGAAUAAAGACAAGGUUACACUAGAGUCAGAAUAUCAGAAACUUCCAAAGCCUAACUCUGAAUGGGUAAACAUCAGAGGACCACGUCCCUGGGAAGAUUCAAAAGCUGUCCAAGAACAACAACGGAAGAUUCAAAUUGGGAGCAGCAUUAAAUAGUGACGCGAAUCGCCUGGUUGUUAUUCACUUGCGUCUGGAAACUGAAUGCCUCAGCUAAUUUGAAUUUAAGAUGUUAUAUACAUAAAAUUUUUGCAUUGUCUGUUUUGUUUUUUUUGUAUUGAUUUAAUAAUAACUGUAAAAUGGGAGAUCAGAGUGAAUGUGAAUGGAUCUACUGAUGGUAUUGGAAAUCCCUUACAAUGUAUGAAAUAUGAUUUUUCUUUUGAAAUUACCUUUUGAAGGUUUCAAUAAUGCAAAAUGAGCUUUGAACUAUUUCAGCAGGAAAUUAUAGCCAUAUGCUAUCUUAGUUUUCCAGUGUUCGUACACUGCUUUCAAGCAGCAAUGUCUAUUGUUUCCUAGCAACCAGUGCUGCUGGCUCUCAAUUAGAGCUUGGUCUAGAUUUGUGAAAGAUGCAGCUCCUUUUGAGCUGCUUCAUGUUGGGUUUCAUUUUUGGAGCCCCAGGUACUAGGCCAAGUCUGUUCCCUGCAUUCAUGUAAUUGUACCUGUAAUUGCACAUCCCUAGAGAUUGCUUAGAUGCCUCUGGAGGAAUUUUCACCUCCUAGAUUAAUAGAUGGAACCCUAACUGGAUUUUUUUUUCAACUAGGCAGAUCCCCAAAGAAAAUCACUGUUUCUUGUUGGGUAUCCCCACAACAGUUUCUUCAUCAGGAACGAUAAUACCCAAAACAGGCUUGUGCCAAGCUGGUAGCUUGUGAGUGAAGACUUUGCAUUGUUAUGAGAAGAGUUAACCUUCUGAAAGUUUCAUGUGUCUUGCAUAUUACUGUCCCAAACAACCUUAGGUGCAUGGUACUCGCUGGAUUAAUGCUAUAUAAGGUUUCUAGACCUGAUAACUGCGCGGGUUUGGGUUCACCAUUAAAUGUAAACAGAUUUCAUGUCUCUUAUAAUCCAAGGUUUAUCUUAACUGGCCUUCAUUAUCCUGAAUGAUAAUCAUACAACCCCACAGGAAAGUUUUGUCAGGAUGCCAGCAGCUUGAAUGUUUUAUCUGCCAUCCUUUGCAUUACUCUUUGAAAGGAAAGCUGAACAUGCACUUAAUUGAUGAAAACAUCAGUAAGUGUACACUAAUAAACAUUGAAUUGCAAAGUUCAUUCUAAGCCUAUAUACAUAAAAUAAUGAUCUCGCUUUCUUUCCAAACUUUGGCGUUAUUAUGGAGCUUCAGUUUUCACAGUGUGAAGUAUACAGCGUCUUCAAGCUGGCCCAGUUUCUCUGCUUGGCUGGCAAAAAUGCAGUCUUUCUUCAGCUAAAUAAAAAUAGUCUGAUAAAACAGCUUACCAAAAAUAAGUUACAUUAUGAAGCAUAAUUCUAAGUUUUUUGUUAGGGUUAAGCCUUGUCAAUUCAUCAUAUUGCAUUGUAGCCAUAUUACUCAACUCAAUUAUCUGAAAUCUUACUGUGGUGGAAGCAUGGGCAUUGUUGUCUCAGUAGAAAAGAGCAGUGAUGUAGUGCCGGGAUGGGGGAAGAGAGGAGGUAAUAACUGAUGUAGCAAAUAGGCAGCAAAGCCACAGCCGCAGGAACAGUGUAAAUGUUAAAUGUAACUAAAAUUGACUGUGUAUGGUAUGUAUAGUUAAAAUAAGAUAUUUGAAAGUUCACUAGUCAAGAAUUGGGAAGAUCUCCUCAGGUUAUGAAGCAGGAGAAAAGGAAAAGGAGAAAUGGAUUUCCUUCCCUCUGUGUCUCUAAAGACAAAGUUGAGUUUAUUGCUAUAGCCACAACUGCAUGAAUGCACAGGUACGGUAGGAAACUUACUAGUCGCAGCAUCUCAGCCACAUAGCAUCACAGGAAGAACAUAAAGUGGAAUGAAUUAUACAGUAUUUUUUACAAGAUAGAACAAUUAGAACAAAAAGAAGUCCAUUUUAGUACUAGGUGAUCAAAGUAGGCAUAGUGUUGCUAAACUGUUUUGAUUACAGUCAUGCCAUUUGGUCCAGGAACGGAAUGGUUGAAGGGCAAUCGCUGUUCUUGAACCUGGUGGUGUGGGGCUUGGGCUUUUGUACCUCCUGUCUGAUGG